GCCCGGCUGCAUAAGGCCGCGGGGCCGCCGGCCGGACCCAGCGCCCCACGGGAGGGGCGAUGUGGGCAGGGGGUGUCAUGGCCCGGGCCUGGAGCUGCUUCUGUCGCCUCCUCAUCUUCCUCAUCUUCCUCCUGCCGCCGCCGGCCGCGCCCGGGCAGCCCGCGGGUUUCCAGGAGAUUUCCCUGCUCACUUCCUACGAAGUUGUAACUCCACAGAGGUUGGGAAGAGAACGACGAGAGGCUUCCAACAGCUCCUCCAUACAGGACAAGGUGUCAUAUGCUGUUGAGAUUGAGGGAAAAGAAUACACCAUUCAUCUAGAAAAGAACAAAGAACUGCUGCCCAAAGAUUUCACAGUUUAUACCUAUGACAAGGAGGGAAAGUUGCAAUUGGACUAUCCAGAUGUCCAGGAUCACUGCCAUUACCAGGGGUUCGUGGAGGGCACUCUGGAUUCCCUGGUGGCUGUCAGCACUUGCUCGGGGCUCAGGGGUUUGGUGACAAUAGGGAAUGUCACCUAUGGCAUUGAGCCCAUGGAUCCCUCUUCUGCCUCUAAACACAUUCUGUAUCGACUGGAUAAUGUGAAGAAAGAGCCCUCAGCAUGUGGAGUAACCACUGGAGACCAGGAAGGGGAACAUGCAGAGGGAGAUCUCCAUCCCACUAUGACCCAGCUGCUGAGGAGAAAGAGGGCGGUCCUGCACCAGACAAGAUAUGUGGAGCUGUUCAUAGUUGUGGAUAAAGAAAAGUUUGAGGAUUUUGGGAAGAGUGAAACAGAAGUAAGAGAACAUAUGGUGCAGCUGGCAAACUUCCUUGACAGUAUGUACGUGAUGUUGAACAUCCGCAUCGUGCUGGUUGGUCUGGAGAUCUGGAAGCACGAGAACAUCAUCAGCACGGACGGGGGGGCUGGGGAUGUGCUGGCCAACUUCGUGCAGUGGCGAGAGAAGAACCUCGUCCUGCGCCGGCGGCACGACAGCGCCCAGUUUGUGCUGAAGAAGGGUUUUGGUGGCACAGCUGGAAUGGCCUAUGUGGGAACAGUGUGCUCCAAGAGCCAUGCAGGAGGCAUUAACGUGUUUGGAAGGAUCAGUAUCCAGAUGUUUGCCUCCAUCAUGGCUCACGAGCUCGGCCACAACCUGGGGAUGAACCAUGACGACGAACGAGUCUGUCACUGUGGGGCAAGCAGCUGCAUUAUGAGCUCUGGAGCAUCGGGAUCCAGGAACUUCAGCAGCUGCAGUGCAGAAGACUUUGAGAAGCUGACACUCAACAAAGGUGGGAGCUGCCUGCUCAACGUGCCAAAGCCUGAUGAGACCUACAGCGUCCCCUACUGCGGGAACAAGCUGGUGGAUGCUGGGGAAGAGUGUGACUGUGGCUCACCAAAGGAAUGUGAAAGCGAUCCGUGCUGCGAGCCAGGAACUUGCAGGCUCCGAUCCGGUGCUGAAUGUGCCUAUGGUGACUGCUGCAAGAACUGCCAGCUCCUUCCUGGAGGCACGGAGUGUCGUGCCAGUACCAACGAGUGUGACCUGCCGGAGUACUGCAAUGGCACCUCCCAGUUCUGCCAGCCAGACUUCACGGUGCAGAACGGGCACCCCUGCCACAACCAGGAGGCCUACUGCUACAACGGCGUGUGCCAGUACUAUGAUGCUCAGUGCCAGGACAUCUUUGGCUCCAAAGCCAAAGCAGCCCCCAACAUUUGCUUUGCUGAAGUGAAUUCCAAGGGGGACAGAUUUGGCAACUGUGGUUUCCACGGCCAUGACUACAAGAAGUGUUCCAGCUGGAAUGCCAUGUGUGGGAAGCUGCAGUGUGAAAAUGUGAAAGCCAUGCCUGUGUUUGGAAUCAAGCCUGCUAUUAUCCAAACUCCCAUCAGAGGCACCACAUGCUGGGGGGUGGAUUUCCAGCUGGGUUCUGAUGUCCCAGACCCAGGAAUGGUGAAUGAAGGCACCAAGUGUGGUAAUGGAAAGAUCUGCAGGCACUUCCAGUGUGUGAGUGCCUCUGUCCUGAACUACGACUGUGACGUGGAGAAGCAGUGCCAUGGGCAUGGGGUGUGCAACAACAACAGGAACUGCCACUGUGAAGCAGGCUGGGCCCCCCCUUUCUGUGACUCCAAGGGCUACGGGGGCAGCGUGGACAGUGGCCCUCCAUACAAUGACAAAGACACCUCUCUGCGCAAUGGGCUGCUGGUCUUCUUCUUCCUGGUGCUCCCCCUGCUCGUGGCUGCUGCUCUGGCCUUUGCCAAGAGGGACAGGCUGAAGAGGAGCUGCAGGAGGCUGAUGUCCCGCUGCCACUCGUCACUUCAGUCACCUCCUCCUCGGCCAGACACUGAGCCCAGGGACUACCAGCAGAGAGGCUUCUCCCGUGGCAUGCCUUAUCCUCCAAGAGCUGUGCCCAUGGACAUGCAUCCCAACACCUUUCCUGUCCCAGCUUACCCAGUUAACCAGCACCCUCAGCAGGCUUUCCACCAGCCCUACUACUCCCCGCCGCAGUACCCGCUGCAGCAGGCACCCAGGGUGCCCAGCAGGCCCCCGCCCCCGCAGCAGAAGGUUGUACCUCAGGGACCGCCUCCAGCACAGCAGAAAUGUUUACCUCAGGGACAGUACUUCCCUUCCCGACCGGCACCUUUGCCUCCCAAAUAGCUUUUGGCUCCCCAGGGCCUUUGUGCCAGCUGACCUGUUGGCUGAAAUUGCAGUUCCCCUUCUGGCAUCCCGUGGCAGUGCCGGCAGCCUCCCUCUGCAGCCUGGGACAGGGCAAAGGAGAGAUCCCAACCAGGAAUGUAGAACUUUACACUCAGAUACCUCGACCAAAGCUCCAGGGACUGAAACACCCAGCCUGUCCCUCGCUCUGUCCAAGCUUUGCCGCUGCAGCCAGGCUGGCAGCAGGAGUGCAGCAGCCUGCAGGGAAAUGGUCCUGAAAUCCAGCACAUGGGUUUGGGUUUCCCCAUUUCUGCCACGAGCCCUGGUAAGGAAAUUUGUCCGAUUUGUUGUUGUCUCUCUGACUGUGCAGUGAGGAAUUGGAGUAACCCGUUUGCAAAGCAAGGAGAUCUGGUCAGUUAAUUUACAGUUACUCUGCAUGGACUGGAAAGUGUUUCCCAUGUACACCUUAAUGGCAUAAAUGAAAUGAGGUCUCAGAGGACUUUUUCAGGAAGAGAGAUCUAUUUUAAACAUGUUUAUGCAUGUAUAUAUGUUUAUAGAUGCAUAAUAAUGCACUUAAAUUCUUAACUCCAUGCUGACUGACACUAAGCUGUGCUGUAGGAGCACUGAGUUUAAUGCUUUUUAAUUAGAGAGUGGCUAAACGAGACUCCUGUACUAAUUCCCACUAAUACAAGGAUGGGCAGUGAAGAUAAAGGUACGAGAAGACAUAUUCUGGUUUUAAAAAAUGGGGGGCUGUUAGGUUUUAAUUCAGGUCUAAAGACAGCAGCAGUCCCUGCAGAACACUGGGAAGUGGGAAGUGUCUCUGCCUGGACCACCAGAGCUUCUCUGAGCGCUUUAAAUGGGAACCUGGUGACUGAUGCACCCCAUCCUUUAACAGCCAAGCCCUUGUGGUGUCAGUCUGGAUGAUUCUGGGCUGCUGUGUGUCAGACUAGGCUGCCCUCUGCUCCUGCACCA